GAACAGAAACUUAGAGUAGCCAUGUUCCUAUAUCUGGCUGUGCUUCUUAUAACAGCUCUCUGUGUCAUAGUUAAACAUCACUAUUCGCUAUGGCAGCGUCAAGGCUUGGUUUGUGAUGAGCCCAUCAUUCCCUUUGGAUCGAUGAAGCCAGUAUUUCGCAAAGAAAAAUCGAUGGGGCUCGUUAUCAACGAUAUCUAUGAACGUUUCCAAGACAAGGCAGUGGGUAUUUAUUUGGCCUUCAAGCCAGCCAUUGUCAUCAGAGAUGCCGAAUGGGCGCGUCAAAUGCUGACAAAAGACUUUAACAGUUUUCAUGAUCGCGGAGUGUAUGUGAAUGAGAAGCGGGAUCCUUUGUCGGCGAAUUUGUUCAGCUUGAAGGGACAAUCAUGGCGUACCAUGAGAGCCAAGUUGUCACCAUCAUUUUCCUCGGGAAAAUUGAAGGGUAUGUUUGGCACAGUCGACGAGGUGGGCAAUAAGAUGGUCAAUCAUCUAAUGGAGCGAGUGAAAGAUGGUGAUAAACUCAAAUUGGAUAUUAAGGAUGUGACAACAACCUAUGCCAUCGACAUUGUGGGCUCGGUUAUCUUCGGCUUAGAUGUGGACGGCUUUGUGGAUCCCAACAACGAAUUUCGCAUGAUUAGUGAUACUCUUUUUAAAAAAACCAAUGCCCAUAUAUGGCAUAGGAUACGCAAUAUAAUGAAUUUCAUGUGUCCUCCCAUAGCCCAAUUUAUGGCCCUCUUUGGCACCUUGGACCCCAUCACCGCUAGCCUUCGCGAUAUUGUGCAACGCACCAUAGAAUUUCGUGAACAAAAUGGUGUUAUACGUAAAGAUCUUCUGCAAUUGUUACUGCAAUUGAGAAAUACUGGAAAAAUCAAUGAUGACAGUGAUGAUGUUUGGAAAGUAGAAACUGCUGCUGAGAACUUGAAGUGUAUGUCCAUUGAUGUGAUAGCAGCCAAUUUAUUUUUGUUCUAUGUGGCUGGCUCAGAGACUACUUCCUCCACCAUUGCUUACACUCUCUACGAACUGGCCAUGCAUCCGGAAAUUCUGGAAUCUGCUCAGCGCGAUGUUCUGGAGUGUAUGAAGAAUCAUGGUUUAAAGCCUGGUGACAAAUUGACUUAUGAUGCUGUACAGGAUAUGAAGUAUUUGGAUUUAUGUGUAAUGGAAACUUCUCGUAAGUAUCCCGGCCUUCCUGUUUGGAAUAGAGAAUGCACCCAGGAUUAUAAUUUGCCCGAUGAUAGUUUCACCAUUAAGAAGGGGACUGCCAUUAUGAUACCUAUAAUGGGUAUAGGCAGAGAUGCCAAAUAUUUUCCCCAACCAAUGGAAUACAGACCACAACGUUUUGCCGAAGAGAAAAAUGAAAAUAACAUGGUGGCAUUUAUGCCAUUUGGAGAUGGCCCGAGAUACUGUAUUGCUCAACGCAUGGGAACUUUGAACGUUAAAGCUGCCUUGGCAAAAAUUCUUUCAAAUUUCAACAUUGAACCUAUGCCACGUAAAGAAGUUGAAUUCAAAUUUCAUUCUGCUCCUGUCUUAGUUCCCAAGGAUGGUCUAUUUAUAACUCUCUCUAAAAGAGCAGCUGAAGUCAAAAGGAAACCACAACACGCACUGCAGUUAGAAGACUUCCACUCUAAGAGCAUUCAGCAAAAGUGCCAUACAAGUUGUGGCAAUAUUCGCAGCAUACAGAAAGUGAAGAUGCAACUGAAAUGUCUUACAAUGGUAUUGUUAUGGCAGGUUUUUGUAACACCACCACACUUUGCCUUUGCUGCUAAAGCCGAGGAAGAUGUCAAUUUCAAGGAAUUCAUAAACGAUGUCGAGCAUUUAGUCUUGGACACCGAGAAUGAAGCUUUGCGUCUCAGCAUUUCCAUCUACCAGGGUCUGGCAAAUGCCAUGACACCUCAGCUGCGACAAGCUGCCGCUCCUCUUAUGGAAAGUUAUGUGGAAAUGGUAAGGCAUGCUUUGGCCAAUAACAGCUCAUAUGGCGAGAAACGCAUACUUUUGAGACACUUUCGCAUCAAUAAUUGGAAAUUGGAACGUCUACGCAUGAAGCUUGCCCCGGAGAUGCCCAAAUUUCAAUUUGAAGUUAUAUCCCAGGAAUUUUACUUCAGUGGCCUCAAUACCACCAAGUACUUAACCCGUGGCGAGAAUUGUAAUGAUACCGGACCAGCUCUAACAAGCGGAGGUCGGCUAGAAGCCAAUCUGGCCUUAAGCAGCAUCAUGACCAUCUUCUCAGCAGCCACCUCAACACCCACACAAUCACCACAUUCGCACACCAUGCACAUGGCCUCCUCACCCAGGCGUUCAAGAGCACUUAUCUCUUUGGCGCGAGUAAAGCGUGAUGAUACGUCUGCCAAAAAUAGCAAGCCUUUAGAUAACAUAGAUGUUAAUGCUUUGGGUAACAUGAUAUUGGAGCGUUUGAAGGAAAAUUUAAAGGAUAGCGGUGACACAGUAAAGUUUCGUUCAAUAACAAAGAAGUUCAAACAAAUGUCACUAUAUUUGACUCUAGGCCUAUGUGCCAUUCUCUAUCUACUGCUUAAACGCCACUAUACAAAAUGGAAACGCUUGGGACUACCUUCAGAUGAGCAGCCAUCUCUAAUCUAUGGAUCUCUCACUAAAGUGGGACGCCGAGAGUUACCAUUUGGACUGGCCCUACAUGAGAUCUAUCACAAAUUUCAUCAAAAGUUUGUGGGUAUUUAUUUGCUCUUUAAACCCACCAUUUUGAUACGGGAUGCUGAAAUUGUGCACGAUAUAAUGACCACAUCAUUCGAUAGCUUUCAUGAUCGCGGCAUAUAUGUGGAUGAGGAACAUAAUCCUAUGUCGGCAAAUCUACUAAGUUUGAAAGGUGCUAAAUGGCGUACACUGAGAACAAAAUUGACACCUUCAUUCUCAUCGGGCAAACUGAAAGCUAUGUUUGAGACUGUUGAUGAUGUAGCGCAAAGGUUAAUUGAUCACAUGUCGCGACAAUUGUUGGAGGAGGAAGUUGAAAAAACUCAACAAACAUUUGAAAUGAAAAGUCUAUUGAUAACAUACACUGUUGACAUUGUUGGUUCUGUUAUCUUCGGUCUAGAGUUAGACAGUUUUGCUAAUCCCGAUAAUGAAUUUCGGCUUCUUACAAAUCGACUUUUCAACGAUUCGACUCUGCUGCAACAAAUUCAAGGAAUUAUGGGAUUUGUUUGUCCGCCUGUCGCUCUGGUACUUGGACGCCUGGGCGUCAGAGAUAACAUAACCUAUCGUCUUCGUGAUAUUGUACAGCAAACCAUAGAGUAUCGUGAAAAGCAUGGUGUCACACGUAAAGAUUUGCUGCAAUUAUUGAUACAGUUGAGAAAUACUGGCAAAAUAAGUGAUGACUCUGAUCAGCUAUGGAGUACGGUGGAAACUGCUGCUGAUAACUUAAAAUCCAUGUCCAUUGAUAUUAUUGCGGCCAAUUCAUUUCUUUUCUAUAUGGCCGGAUCGGAAACCACAGCCUCAACAACUUCUUAUACAAUAUACGAAUUAGCCAUGAAUCCUGAAGUUUUGGAAAAGGCCCGCCAAGAUGUGGACAAGGCCAUGGAGAAACAUGGUCUGGACAAACAUAAACGUUUGACUUAUGAUGCUAUAAAGGAUAUGAGCUAUUUGGAUUUGUGCAUAAUGGAAACUCUUCGCAAAUAUCCUGCCCUGCCAUUCUUAAAUCGCGAAUGUACCCAAGACUAUCAAGUGCCUGAAUCGAAAUUUGUUAUUCAAAAGGGCACUGCUGUAAUUGUGUCACUUUUUUCUCUACAUCGAGAUCCCGAAUACUUUCCCAGACCCCUGGAAUAUAUACCAGAACGAUUUUUGAAAGAUCAAAUGGACUAUAAUCCCAUUGCAUAUAUGCCCUUUGGCCAGGGGCCAAGACAAUGUAUAGCUCAACGCAUGGGAAUUGUUAAUGUUAAGACCGCCUUGGCUAAAAUAUUGGCCAACUUUAAUAUCAAAACAAUACCUCGAAAGGAAGUUGAAUUUAAAUUUCAUACCGCUCCUGUGCUUGUGCCCAAAGAUGGUCUAAAUGUAUCAUUUUCAAAGAGAAAGAAUUGAGGACAAAGCCGAAGAA